CAGAGGCUGACAAUUACCAGCUCAAGCAAUUGUAGAGAGAGAGAGAGAGUAUAACUCACAGUUUUAAGAAAGAGAAAGCAUGGGAGCAGAGAGUUGGAGUAUGGCAGCGAAACAGUGUGACUCAUGCAAGUUAGCGCCGGCGACCCUAUUUUGCAAGGCGGACACGGCGUUCCUCUGCGUCGGCUGCGACUCCAAGAUCCAUGCUGCCAACAAGCUGGCUUCGAGGCACGCGCGCGUGUGGAUGUGCGACGUCUGCGAACAAGCUCCGGCGAGCUUCACCUGCAAGGCCGACGCCGCCUCUCUCUGCGUCACCUGCGACCGCGACAUCCACUCUGCCAACCCCCUCGCCCGCCGGCACGAGCGCUUCCCUGUCACUCCUUUUUACGAGCCCGCAGAAACCGUCGCCGCCAAGUCAUCCGCCGUCCACGGCGGCGCCGACGACCGCUACUUUGAUGAUGAAGGUGGAGAGGCUGAGGAGGCCGAAGCGGCGUCGUGGCUGCUUCCGAAUCCGAACCAUAAGAUCGUCGACGACAGUAGUGAUCUCAAGUCUUCGGAAUAUCUGUUCUCUGAUAUUGAUCCGUAUCUGGAUCUCGACAUCAUGGCCGGAGAUCAGAAACCUCAUCAGCACCAUCAGCAGCAGCAAUACAUCACUCCAGCCGAUGGAGUUGUUCCGGUGCAGAUCAAGAACAUUCAACAACCGCCACAACCUCCUUCAUUGGUGGAAGGUCUACCUUGCUACGACGUAGACUACUCUGGAUCUAAGCCUUUUCUGUACAAUUUCAACUCUCAUCAGUCUCUCAGCCAUAGUGUAUCGUCGUCGUCUCUGGAGGUAGGAGUAGUUCCAGACCACAACGCCAUGGCGGACGUAUCAACAACUUUCGGACACCAAAACGCAGCAGACACAGUCCCGAUCAAUCCGGUGUCGGGGAUCGACAGAGAAGCGAGGGUGUUGAGGUACAGAGAGAAGCGAAAGAACAGAAAGUUCGAGAAGACGAUACGGUACGCGUCGAGGAAGGCCUACGCAGAGACCAGACCUCGAAUCAAAGGAAGGUUCGCGAAGCGCGCCGAGAUCCAGCUCGAUAGCAUCUACAACAACUCUUCCUCCCCUGCCGCCUUCAUCGCCGCCGAUGCUGGAUACGGCGUCGUUCCUUCUUUCUAAGUAACUUCAAAUCUCUUUCUUCUUUAGCGUUUUGUAAUUCUGUUUUCAUAUCAACGAUCUGUAUAUAUAAAUGACGAUGACGAUGAUGAUGAUGAUGAUGAUCGAUGGAGUAGUUGUUAUUGCUGCCCGUCGAUUUUGUAGAAGAAAUUGUUGUUUAUUUUGUAAACUGUUUUUCAAAUUUCCAUCGUCGUUUCUUGAAAUUGUUGAAGUUGUUGUAAUGCGAUGGAUUUGGAUAGUGUUGAGCUCAGCUCAAGUGUACUGUUUUGUUUUAUGUAAUUUUUAAUUGGAGAAUCUUUUGAUGGUA